AUGUCAAAAACAAGAGGUACUUGUUUUUGCGCUUUAUCAUCUCAGUGUUGUGCAAAUACAUUUUCUUCAGAUAUUUUUAUACCUUUUGACAGGCCUAUACCAUUCAUAUAGAUGGAGCAAGGGGUGUAAAAACCUACGUAUAUCCCAAUGCCCCCUUGUUGGUGAUAUUACAAUGCUACAGGGCUGAUGCGCAUUGAUUGCCAAUCGUUUGCAUGGAUGAGAGCAAAUCAACAAAAACAACCAAUGGCUUCAAGCAUGUCUGCCUAAUGGAAGCAACCCCGUUUUGGCUUGCAUAUGGCUGCGGCAAAUGCGGCCAAACUGGAUAUGCAUGUGACACAGCAGUAGCUGUAGAAUAUCAGUCUUCUUACUUACUUGUCUUUAUAAGAAGGAAGUGGUGCACACAGGUUCAGUUAACUCGGGCUGUAUCGCAGGACAGAUUGGAUAGACCAGAGGAGACGAUUCCCGGCGGUUUUCUGCAUGCAUCUUAGCUGGCGGACUGCAUGGAGGACCCACGGUUCCUCUGUCCUGAGGAGCUGCGUGAGCUGAGGGAGCAGCCCAUCGACCCCCAGGCGGAGCAGGAGAUGAUCGAGAGCAUCGCCGAGGUGUACUACUCCUGUGACUCCUUCGACAUGGUGAAGCACGAGUUGGAGAAACUUCCCCCUGAGCUGGACCUGCAGGAGUUGGAGGAUCACAGAGACACGCUGAAGAAACAACAGGCCGCCGUGUCCAAAAAAGUUGCCGAUCUCAUCCUGGAGAAACAACCGGCGUAUGUCAAGGAGCUGGAGAGAGUGACUGCGCUUCAAACCAAUUUACAGCUAGCAGCUGUCAUCUGCACCAAUGCAAGGAGGCAGCUGGGCGUGUCCAAGGAAGGAUUCACCGAGGCCAGCCUGGGCCUGUUGGCCAACCAGAGGAAGAGACAGCUGCUCACAGGACUGCUCAAGUCGCUCAGGACCAUUAAGACCCUGCAAAGAACAGAUGUACGACUCAGUGAAAUGCUUGAGGAGGAAGACUACCCAGGCGCCAUCCAGCUCUGUCUGGAGUGUCAGAAGGCCGCCAGCACCUUCAAGCACUACAGCUGCAUCAGUGAAUUGAACUCCAAACUACAAGACACUCUCGAACAAAUCGAGGAACAGCUGGACGUGGCUCUGUCCAAGACCUGCAAGCACUUUGAUGUAUCUCAUUACACCAAGGUGCAGCUGGCUUACACGCUCCUGGGAAAGACACAGACCGCCAUGGACCAGCUGCACAUGCACUUCACGCAGGCCAUCCACAACACGGUGUUCCAGGUGGUGCUGGGAUACGUGGAGCUCUGUGCCGGCAACGCCGACACCAAGUUUCAGAAGAUGCAGUACAAGGACCUCUGCACGCAUAUCACCCCGGACAGCUACAUCCCCUGCCUGACAGACCUGUGCAAGGCAUUGUGGGAAGUGAUGCUCAGCUACCACUCUACCAUGCAGUGGCACGAAGAGCUUGACAACAAGGAGGGCCCCGCCACCCAAGACGGGGGAGCGUCGGCCGGCGCGGACGAGUCGGUGGUGGACCGCAGCUACGUGAAGAAGAAGCUGGAGCACGGCCUCACACGCAUCUGGCAGGAUGUCCAGUUGAAGGUGAAGGCCUACAUCCUGGGAACCGACAUGUCCAACUUUAAGUAUGACGACUUCAUCGUGGUGCUGGAUGUCAUCAGCAGGUUGAUGCAGGUGGGGGAGGAGUUCUGUGGCAGCAGGUCGGAGGUGCUGCAGGAGUCCAUCAAACGACAGAGCGUUAACUACUUCAGGAACUACCACAGGGCACGACUGGAGGAGCUGAGGAUGUUUUUGGAGAACGAGACAUGGGAGCUCUGUCCGGUCAAGUCUAACUUCAGCAUCGCCCAGCUCCACGAGUUCAAGUUCAUGGGCCAGUGCCGCUCGCCAUCGCUCUCCCCCAGCCGACAGGCCGGCACUGGGGCCGCGGGGGGGGAUCUCUCCCUCUUCCAGCAGUUCCUCCUGGAGGGGAACCCUUUUGAGAUGCACAUCGAAAACAAGGAGGAGGAAACGGAGGACGUGCUGGCAUCGAAUGGGUAUGAGUCGGACGAGCUGGAGAAGAAUGUGUUCCAGGACUAUGACAGCGACAGCGACGUCCCGGAGGAACUCAAGCAGGACUACGUGGACGAGCAGACGGGCGACGCCCCUCUCAAGAGUGUGUCCCGGGAGACCAUGAGAAGCCACAAGAAGUCAGACUACAGCCUCAACAAGGGUACCGCGCCAAUCCUCACCAACACCACUCUAAACGUCAUCCGGCUGCUUGGCAAGUACAUGCAGAUGAUGAACAUCCUGAAGCCCAUCGCCUUCGACGUCAUCCACUGUGUGUCGCAGCUGUUCGACUACUACCUGUACGCCGUCUACACCUUCUUCGGACGCAACGACAUGCCCGCCCCUAGCCCGUCUCUGCUCUCCCAGAGCGGCAGAGAGACGGUCGGGGCUAGGGUGGUGGGACCUGCCUGCCUGUACGAGUCGUCAGGUCUGGGUCUCAUCAGCAGCAGAUUGAGAACUACCCUCAACCGCAUCCAGGAGAACCUUAUAGACAUGGAGUCCUCAGGGGAGAGCGCGGGGGUCCACGGGCAGGUGGAGGACCGAAAGGAGAAGGUGCCCACCCCCCACCUCAGCCAACUGGUGGUCCUCACCAAAAGUGGGACCCUGUAUGGCUUGGCUCAGAGGGUCGUAGCAACAGAGUCUCUGGUGUUCUUGGCAGAGCAGUUUGACUCUCUGCAGGCCCAUCUGGACAGCAUGAUGCCGGCUGUGAAGAAGCCUUUCCUGCAGCAGUUCUACUCCCAGACGGUGUCCACGGCCAGCGAGCUGCGGAAGCCCAUCUACUGGAUCGUGGCGGCCAAGGCCAUCGACUACGAGCAGAUGCUGCUCAUGAUGUCCGGGGUCAAGUGGGACAUCAGGGAGAUAAUGUCCCAGCACAACGUGUAUGUGGACAUCCUGCUGAAGGAGUUUGAGCAGUUCAACGCACAGCUGGGUGAUGUGUCCAGUCAGGUGCGCAUCCCCCUGGCCGUCUCCAACGUCCUUUGGGAGCACUGCAUCCGAUUGGCCAAUCGCACUCUGGUGGAGGGCUACGCUAACGUGAAGAAGUGCAGCAACGAGGGGCGUGCGCUGAUGCAGCUGGACUUCCAGCAGUUCCUCAUGAAGCUGGAGCGGCUGACGGACCUGCGGCCCGUCCCCGACAAGGAGUUUGUGGAGACCUACAUCAAGGCCUACUACCUGACGGAGAACGACAUGGAGCAGUUCAUCAAGAACCACAGGGAAUACUCCAUGAAGCAGCUUGCUAACCUGGUCAACGUGUGUCUGGGCUCGCACAUCAACAAGAAGGCUCGUCAGAAGCUGCUGUCGGCCAUCGACGAUAUCGACCGGCCAAAGAGAUAGAGAGGGAGAAGAUGAUCCCCCAGCCGUGCCCAGUGACACCGGGACACACUCCAGUAGAAGGAAGCUCCGCGUCGAAUGUCCAUAUCUUCUGCUUACUGUACACAUAGGUUGUGUUGUGCACCUCAAAAAACAAACUCUGUAGCGGGAAUCGCUCCUCAUAUCAUUACCAAGAUGCAGGUCUCAUGCGAGUUGUGGUGGUAAUCGGGCUAACUAGGAAAGCUGCUGCAUUAAAAGCGAAACACUUGUUUAUGUUGUAAAUUAGCUGUCCUGUUUUUCGCCAUGGUGAUUUUAUUUCAAGGGACAACUAUGCAUACAAACAAAACCGCUGGUGUUUCAAAAUUCAUGCAUGUAACCGCUUUUCUGGAUGUAAACGCCCUGAUGUUAAGGCAGAGCCAGCUGUUGUAUUAUUACAUCUGUGCUGUCGGUUUUCACCAAGGAUCAAAGGUGAAGAAAAACUCCUCUGGCACGUACGUAUGAAUUUCAUUCAGGUCCAUUGGAAACAUUUUCACAACUCUUUCCGUGUGGGACACAACUAGAAUUCUAGGAGAAAAUGCUGGUGUAUUCUGUACUUUAUGGUGUGCUUGGCUACCUCUAGAGCACACUAAUGACAUGUACAGUGUCCUUUAUCCAAGGUUUAGGUUUAGCUUUGUAAAAUCUUGGUUCUGUUUAUUGUGCCUAUCUAACUGGAUGCUAUGUUUUGUUUUAUCAAUGAAUAAUAUAUGAUUUUGAAUAUUACCUGUAUUUGUUUAUAGCUAUUUAGCUGACUAUUUAGCUACACCAACUGCACUUGUCCUUUUGUUUGUGUCCUCUGCUGUAUCCCAUGUGGAUAUUUAUUUGGUUUUCCUAUAGAAGGAUAUUUAGUAUUUUUUGAGGAGCCCAGUGUAUCGCUAAUCUUGCAUAUCAAUGCGUCUGCUUCUCCGUGAAGGGCGAAACAAUGGAUCUGUAUUGUUCGUGAGUCAGAGAAUUGAUCGACGCAUUUUUUCCAUGACUCAGUCCACUGAACAUUAACAGAGAAAGAUAUUCCCUUCUAGGUUUUGGAAAGCAUGGCCUGAAUGAUUGUCCCCAUUUUAAUGAAGGAAGACAGAAAUAUUUUGGACUUCAGAAAAAUUAAGUUACCUUUGUUUGUUUGUCCUGCUCUGAAACUAAUCUUUAUCUUUGCACUUCCAAGAUUAAUACUGUAUGAUGUAAUGUCAUAUUUUCAAGAUUGUAUUUAUUUGUUUGUUUUUCUCUGGCUUCUCGUAUCUCUUUUGGGUUCAGAAUCAGAUCUUACAAAUGAGUGGAAGUGAGAUUUGGUCCGGUACUUGGUAACCUGUCAACUGUAUACAUGUUAUAAUAUAAUAUGAAUAUUUAAACUGAGAACCGCGUCAUGGCUCCCGUGAACUUCUGCGUAGCAUCAGCAUUCCAUGGUGACGGUAAAAUCCAAACUCUUCAAUCGUAAUAAACACUAACAUUGAACCUG